AUUCAGCUCAAUAAUAUUUUCAUCAACGUAAAACAAAGCUCUACUAUGACUUUACUAUCGAGCGAAAAAGUAAGAAAUCUUACGAAAGGUUUUUCGGAUUAAAAUAACACGCGCAAUUAACAUAAAUACGUGCUACACACGCAGAAACCAGGUUGAUCUUGAACCACGCGUUACAACCUCCUACAGUUCCUGCGUCCACAUCGGUGCGUCUGGCAAAAAAGAAAAAGAUCUCUUCGGAGCUGCUACCGCAAAAUUUUGCCGCGGCUCGUAAUAAUAAUCAGUCGCGACUCGUCAGCCUUCGCGCGCGGAGCAGUAGCCUUUAAGUAUCCAAGCUCUCUCUCUCUCUCUCUCUCUCUGGAAAACUGCAACAAGGCACGCGACGAUAAUGGCACCAAGCUCGGCCGCUCUCGGUGCUGCCUCGGUGGCGGUGAUCGCGAUCCUGCUGUUCACUACGGGUAAUUCCGUCCAAGCGGCGAAUCUGGAUCUGCUCGGCUCGUUCGCUCGGGGCGGUCCCGUGCGCGGACUGACCGGUAGCCUGAAAAGCGCGAUCGGUAAGACGCAGGAGAUCGCGGGAAGCGCCGUCAACAAGACGACCAGCGCGGUGGCCAGCGAGGUCACGAGCGUGAAGCAAGGAGUGUCCGAGGUGGCCGACACCAUCGGCAGCACCGUCGACAAGACCACCGACGCCGUGGCCAGCACCGCCGAGGAGGCCAUCACGAGCGUCAAGGAGAAGGUGGACGACUUCAAGGAGUACGUCAAGGACGGCUUGGAGCUCAACUGUCUGGGCUUUCCCAAGGGACCGCUGACCGCGGCUCUGGAGUCGAUACUGUCGUCCGAGACCAAGAGCGACGAGGUCAAGUUUUACUUCUCGACUCGCAGGCGGCCCAAUUAUCAGGCCUUCAGCAUCGCGAAUUUCACUCUGAGAGGCAGCGACUUUGACAUCAGACGCAACACCUACGUCAUAACCCAUGGAUUUUUGUCGCACGGAAAUGAAAAGUGGCUCGCGGAUAUGAAAAAUUCCAUUCUCAAUUACGAGAAUGCAAAUGUAAUUGUCACCGAUUGGCAGAAAGGCAGCAACACGUUCAAUUACGUGUCAGCUGCGGCCAGCACCAAAAUAGUGGGAGAGGCGAUCGCUUCUCUACUGUUGAAAAUCAAAACGCAAUCGCCGAACGGGGCCCGUAAAGGCCGUCUGCAUCUGAUCGGGCACAGUCUGGGCGCGCACAUAAGCGGACGCGCCGCCUUCGUGAUCAAGCAGAACGAGAAGCAGGACGCGUCGCGUGGCGGCGCCUGGAUCGCCAACCGGGUCACGGGCUUGGAUCCGGCUCAGCCCUGCUUCCAGUCGAAGGAUCCGGAACUGAAGCUGACGCCGGACGACGCGCCCUACGUCGACAUCAUACACACGAACGCUCGGACGCUGCUGUUCUUCGGGCUCGGAUUGUCGGAGCAAUUGGGAUUCACUGAUUUUUAUCCCAACGGAGGCAAGGCCCAACCGGGAUGCGUCGACAUCGAUACGGGAUUCUGGAAAUCCCUGCUCAUACCAGCAAAUUUGAUUCAAGAGGCGAUCUGCAGCCACGGCCGCUCCUACAAAUAUUUCACCGAGUCGAUAGACAACGCCGUGAAUAAUAGCUGCUCUUUCGUCGGGCAUCGAUGGAAUAAGUUAUACGAGAAUCUUGAAAAUUUGAUUCACCCUACUUGCUCGGACGAUCGCGCGAGUUGCCCGGAAAUGGGCAUACACUCCAUCAAGACUUAUCCUCAAAACGAGGGAUCGUACUUCGUACCCACGGGAGACGAUUCGCCCCAUUGUCAUUUGAAAGACACGGACAAGGAGAGAAUCGUCAAACAGAUCACCAACGACGACAUCUCGAAUUUAUCACGUUUGGCAAAGGAAUUGUUGCCUAAAGGAUAAUAAACUUUCUUAGCUCUGCAAUAUUUUUUUAAUAAUACUAUCAUUUUUUUAUUUACUUGUUAUAUUAUGUGAUGAUGUGUAAAUUUGAUAGCUUUUAAUAAGUCGAAUGUAGAAUUAUUUUUAUAAACUUAAUUUGGUAGCUACAAUUUUUAGGAAGUCGAUGUCUUUCGAAAUAAUAUUAUAAUAAAAGAUAUCUUCGAUUAA